GCUUAUCUGGAGAGGUGCAGCAAAACAGAACGGCCCAAAAGUUCCUCUUUUUGGGCCAUACCGCUGAUUUGGGCUUGGGCAGUUGCCGGUUUGGGCUGGAAUGAGCUAAAGAGGUCGGUUUCCUGUGUCUGGUUUUGUUUCAGCGAAGUCACCGUUAGGUCGGUUUGGGCAGCCGGUUUCGUUGCUGCCAAGGCAACAACUGUAUUUUAGUGGGGAAUGGAUUGCAGCUGCUGCAACGGAGAUAGUGGGGUGUUGUUUUUGGUGUGCUUUUGAAGGCUGGUAGCGCUUAAGGGCAGAGCAUUGAAGGUAUGGCGGUCGUUCUUGGUGCUUGCAGCAUCCGUCUGGGUCAGCAAUCUGAAGGAGGUCCUGUUGUGCAUGUGUCUGAUCAUGUGAUUCUGAACGCUGUGGUAAAGGCUUUAGAAAGAUCCAGUCCUUUCUAUUCAUUUAGGAUAGUUGACGGCCUUUAUGUGGCCACGGGUUUUGUGGUUGUCCCCUUGGCAGAUCAGGUUGAUGAUCUAACUCUUCUUGAGGCAAUGGGCUCACCAUCGGUUAGUAAGGACGGUGCAGAGGAGUUGGCAGCUCAUGCUCUGAUUGUUGCCGCGGAACGCGAAUUCAGUGUUGUAGUUAAGGAUUUCAAUUUUGAUGCGAUAAAAGUUCUGAGAAUGGAGAAUGAAAAGCUGCGCGGGAACAAUCGACUGCUUAGGUCUGCUUGGGUUCAGUCACUCGAUCAUCUUGAGACGCUUCAGAAGACGCUUGAAGAGAUCACCCUGGACGCUGUUAGUGGUUCUCCAAGGAACUCCAUUGCUGUACUUGCUCAUGGAGCUGCUGUUUGGGCUGAGGAGAAUGUUUGGGAUGGCACCGCUGCCAUGGAGAACCUGUCGAGGGACUUCAUGGAUGAGGACUGAGAUGAUUGCUGUGGGCUGUGGCAUCUACAUUUUGUCUGUGUAUGGGUUUCGUAGGAGCUAAUGUUUAGCAGUGGCUUGUACG